AUGGCCUUCCAGUCUUAUUCCUAUGUGUUCAAGUACAUUAUAGUCGGUGAUUCCGCAGUUGGCAAAAGCUGCCUCUUGCUCCAGUUUACUGACAAGAGAUUCAAGAGUACUCACGACCUCACUAUUGGAGUAGAGUUUGGUUCAAGAACUGUUGAAGUUGGUGAUAAGUCAGUAAAAUUACAAAUUUGGGACACUGCAGGUCAAGAAUCCUUCAGAUCAAUCACCAGAAGUUAUUACAGAGGAUCAAUAGGAGCUUUGCUGGUUUAUGACAUCACUCAACGGCAAUCCUUCGAGAAUUUACAAAAAUGGAUGGAAGAAAUGAAAGAAAAUGCGCAUUCAAGAAUGACAAUUAUUUUGGUCGGCAACAAGACAGAUCUCGAAUCUGAGAGGCAGGUUUCUUAUGAAGAAGGGCAAGCCUUUGCUAAGGACAAUGGGCUAGUGUUUUUCGAAACUUCAGCAAAGUGUGCAUAUAAUGUUGAUAAAGCCUUUCUGUCAGUCACCAAAGACAUUUAUUUCAACCUUGAGAGAGGAGAGUAUGAUAUCCAUAAAGAGAGUAUUGGAAUCAAGCCUGGGAAUACUAUACCAACAAGUAUUUCAACUGGUUUGAGUAAUGGGAAGACUAAGAAGAAGAAAAAGAAUUGCUGCUAAUCCUUCUCGAGCGCAAUAAUUUAUCAAUUUGAGGGAGUUAUUCCUUUGUUUCUUUAAUAAAUAUUGAACUA